CUCGACCAAUGUGAAACCUUUAAGACAGCGAAUUUGGCUGGCGGAUCAUGACUCUGAUUGACUCAGAGGUUUAAGGAUCUUAAACUUGUGUUCAUUACAGAAUUGGUGUAGAAGUUAAGGAAGAACGAAGGCCCCAGGUCUGUAUUGACUUAUUACAGUAAAGACAUUCAACAGAUACAUGUCCUAAAGGGACAAUCAUAUCAACCACAAAAGCUGCGGCGGCUUGUGAUCUUACAGGACUGUACUAAGACAGAUGCUUUUAUCUGACCAUGUGCUGAUAUCUCAGUAGUUUCACAAUCCCAAAAUGGCGAUCCUACAAAAGCUGAGACGGUCUUUAUCAAGCGAAAGAAGAUCAGCCGAGGUUCCAAAGGGGCACUUAGCAGUAUACAUUGGGGAGACAAGAGAAAAGAAACGAUUUGUUGUUCCGAUGUCUUAUUUGAAGGAUCCUAUGUUUCAAGAAUUGCUGUCUCAAGCUGAGGAGGAAUUCGGGUUCUAUCAUCCAAUGGGAGGCCUAACCAUUCCCUGCAGCGAGAAUUUAUUUGUUGAUCUCACGUCCCAUUUGAGGAAGGCAUAGAAUGCAUACAUGUACCUGUCAAGAUAGAUGGAUAGGAAGAUACAACAAGGAGAAGAUUUUCUUAUUGUUUUCUAGAAAUAUAUACACUUGUUAAUAGAGAUUUAAUUGUUUGGUCGGGGAAGAUUUCUAUUCCUUUACCAAGAGAUGACACUCUAAGCAAACACAUUGGAAAAAAUUAUUUAUUGCAUCUUUCGAAAGGGAAGAAGGUAGUGCUCUUCUAACUCUCAACUGACCCAUCGGACUUGGUUUUAUUCUUGAAAAUCCAUUU